AUGGCGUACUCGAGAAUGUUCGCGCUGGCCUGUGCGCUGCCCCUGGUGGCGCUCGUCCUAGCGUCGCUCUGCCUCAACGCCUCCGCCAAGCUCGUCGUCCCCAAGGCUGCCGCGUCCGCACUUGCCGCUGCCAUGUCCGAAUCUCCUCCCACUCCCUCGCCUUCCACUCCCACCACUCCCAACAAGAAGGGCAGCAAGAAGACUCCCCCCACUCCCACAACCCCCGCCACUCCCGGCAAGCCCGCCACUCCGGGCAAGCCCAGCACACCCGGCGCGGGGAAGCCGGCGGUGAAGCUGAGCGGGUCGGACUCGAAGGUGGUAUCGCUGCUGGAUGCGGCGGCGGUGGACGUGGACAGCGCCAAGGCGAAGCUCUCCGUCAAGACGUACGUCAAGAGCCUCACGGACACGGCGGCGGCGUUGCGCAACGCCGCCAUUCUGAUUCGCACUGGGCAGCGCACGCUGGUGGUGGGGCAGAUCGACAACUCGAUCGCCACCAUCAAUGGUGUGAGCAUCAUGCUCCCCGCCAGCUGCGCCGACAAGAGCCUGCUCACGUCCGCCCUUAGCAAGGCGCAGAGCGCUAAGGCCGUGUGGAAGGCGUAA